AAUAAACAAACUGUGUCCGGAGACAGUCAACGAUUUUCAACAGUCGUUGAGUGCACCUAAACGUGUCUCUACUCUAUUCGCAACUUCAACUGCUGACGUGCGUGGCAUGCAAUCGCAAAGUAUACGGUGCUGUGCCUCGCCCGCGAAAGUAGCCGCGUCGCCCUGCAAUCGACGCGCGAUGAUAUCUCAGUCAAGCUUAAACUAAUAUAUCCAAACCAUUUCGUGACUGUCUCUUAACACGACCCGCCUUAUUCCUGGCAGCAGGACCGGUGCCAAGACUUCUCGUUAGAUUAUAUUCGAUGAGUUUGUGAGCUUUUCUGCAUUUCGGUACAGAAAUAGAGCGUUUUCGAUUUUGAAGGUGAGUCGGCAGGAUUGAAUGCGUAAAAGCGGCAUGGUUGGAAUGAGGACGGAUUGACAGCGAACAUUUGGUCGCGUUGAUCUACACCUAUAAGCUCCUCGGCUCUUCGAUUUGCGGAGUAGUGCACGUUGUUGAAGUAAUUAGUGUUCUGGUAAGUCGGGAUUGCAGCUGUGGCAGGACGCAAAGUCCGUUUUCAAGUGUUUGUGGUGGUAGUGGCCUUCGUCUUUGCGUCUACUUGUGCUAUCGCACACACUUCUUGGUGUUCUGCAGAGGAGGAAACGACCCUUUCUGCGAUGUCUCCCCUGUCACAAGCCCUGCAGGCUACAUUUGGUGGUGGAUGCUUCUGGAGUGUAGAACUGGCUUUCCAACGUAUUCCCGGUGUAAUCAAGACUGCUGUAGGGUAUACCCAAGGUCAUACUGAAAACCCUACGUACGAGCAAGUGUGUACCGGGAGGACUGGGCACGUGGAAGCUGUACUUGUAGAUUACAAUCCCAGUGAGCUUUCGUAUGAGCAACUUUUGGAUGUAUUUUGGAAGAAGCACGAUCCCACGCAAUUCAAUCGCCAGGGAAAUGACGUAGGUACACAGUACCGAUCAGGCAUAUACUAUCAUUCACCAGAGCAGGAGACAAUAGCUAAGGAUUCACUGAAAGAGAUGGAAGCAAAAUUAGGCAAAAAGAUUGCAACCGAGGUACUUCCUGCAAAGACGUUUUACAUGGCUGAAGAUUAUCACCAACAGUACCUGGAGAAGGGUGGUAGAGGCGGGAAUAAGCAGUCUGCAAGGAAAGGAUGUAACGACCCAAUCAGAUGUUAUGGUUAGACCCUGAGUCGUCACUUGAGCUUCAGGUGUUUUGAAUCUCGACAAGGGUUUGUGAUGUGAGAACUUUGUACAGUAUGCAAUAUACAUAGUUUAUAUACUUCACUUUCACUCGACUAUUUUCUGUGAACGCUUGAGGAUUGUUUUCCGCGUUAACGUGAUUACUGAUAAAUGUGAUGGAAAAGGUAUGGGACACCAGACAACUGAUUCUACUUAGGUUUGGGAACAUAGGAAGACUGCUGCUAUUAGGUUUACGGCGAGUCUUUUUAUAUGUUAGUGGCCGGGAGUGCUUAGUCGUAACCUGCUACCUGGUCUAACCAAUUCGCGCGCCACACUGUCAUCUACAAGAGUGUGGAGGUCUCACCUGGAAAAAAGCAGGGACAUUAGUUCAAUAUAUCAAUGUCCGUGCGUUUGAUGCUCGAAUGACUUCCAUUUGACUUUGCAAUUGAUGGCCGUAGUAUAUAGGUGUGAUCGCAUAGUAGUAUCAUGAAAGGCUCUCUCUGAACGCUUUUAACUCACAAGUUCUACGUAAGGUUCUCCUAAGUUUCUAAGAACCAUUUACUUCACAAGUCAUUAUAUUUAGCCAGAACUCACUAUACCCUAGGCUGUAAACAUUUAGGGGCCUGGAGACAAAGAUUGGUAUACUUCAUAUGGUAUGAAGUCGAAUUUUA